CGUAUUCGUAGAGAUUCGGUAUCGCGUUCGGACACCGAACGGAUCGGCGCUAUUUCUUGGCUAGGGUCUGAAAGCUGCGUGGACGGGAUCGAACGUACUUAAUUUGGACUACGGUCGUCUGAUAGUUGCGCCGCUCGCCGACUCCAAAGCCGCGCAUUCCGCGGAGCGGGUCACCCGAAUUGCCCCAUAUAUCCCGACCACGGAUCCGGUGCCGACGUCGGAUGCAACCCCUCGCUCGACCCAUAAUCUAACUGCUCCACAACGACUACAACCCCCGCGUACAUAGUAAGCUGAUUUCGGUCGUGAUGGCGGCCACUGGCCGUUCAUCAUGACGGCGCUUUCGAUCGCGCACACCUCCGUAUGGACCACGCCGAGUCAUCUACAAGAUGCGCCGAGCCGCUUUCGCUCCGCAUCCCUGAUUAUCAGCCACAGUAUAUCCGUCGGCUGCCGAAGCAUUUGAUCCCAUUCCUGCCGUACCUCAAUCGCCCAAACACAUCACACACCCUUGAAGAACGUAUUCCCGCGGGUAAACAUGCCUUGCGCCUGUCUACCAUGGCCUUCUGGCUGCGCACCUGCGCCAGCUCCCACGGCGACCACUGUGGCCCUCCCCCGCGGCCCGGUGCUUCGCUUCCGCUGUGGUUGAUUGACGUGCGCGCCUAUCGCCUAGUCGCCGUGAAAGAUGAAGACGACGACGCAACAGCCUCGGGCCUACGCUAUCCCUACGUGGCGCUGAGUUACGUUUGGGGCCAAGCCUCAAGCGCAACCGCAACGCUGGCCAACAUCGCCGCUCUUCAAGCCCCCGGAGCCCUGAACGGCCAAGAGAUUCCAGCCACGAUCCGAGAGGCAAUGAAUCUAACCCGGCUUCUUGGUGAGAGGUAUCUUUGGGUGGAUAGGCUUUGUAUUGUGCAAGACGACGAAGAUGCGAAGCAUGCUCAGCUGCGGGGUAUGGCGGACAUUUACGCCGGUGCUCUAUUGACUAUCGUUGCCGCGCAGGGGCGCGGUGCAGAUGAGCCUUUACACCAUGGACUGGUAAGUGAGACUGUUGUAGAAGGGGAUGAAGGUGAUCCAAACGCGCUACCUUGCUUGGAGGAGGUCUCUCCGGAGGAGUGGGCGCAACGACUGUUUGAGUUCAUCGAGAGGACGCCGCGUUCUCCUGGUAGACCAACUUCUCCUGAGCCUGAUUACUACAACUCCCCCCUAUUUGCUGGAUACGGAGGCUCGCCUCGCUACACGGGAUGCGGCUCACCGUACGAUUCACCCUCCCCCAUGGAUAUCGAGUCACCUGAUUUCCUUCCUGAGUCACCCUCAUACACCGAAGUCGAUUCACCUGUCGUGAGCGAAUGGAUCUUACCUCCGUCCCCUAUGAUCGAGCUACCGUCUGUUCCCCAAGAGCACACAAAUGAUCCGCAGCUCUCCCCGCUCGAGGUGCCAGACACUUUCUCUGUCACCGACGCACCGAACUUUCGCCGGCAAAGAGAGGCGGAUGCGCAUCGCAUCAUAAUGGAGGGACAUGCUCGGGACCUGGUCAAUACGGUAUGGUGCCAGAGGGGUUGGACGUUCCAGGAGCUCAUGUUCUCUCGACGGCAGCUUGUGUUCCAUAACGAUACCGUCAAUUGGCAAUGUCACUGCGCGUCCUGGCAUGAGAAUCAGAGGUAUAUCACGACGGGGCCUUGUAGUGGCGUUGGGGGAGAUGAGAAAUACGACAACAACAGCAAUAGUAAGGUCAACAGCAACGACAACAGGGUCCCUGAUCCAUCAUCAAGUAUAAAGCUACUUCCUGGCAUCUCCCCAUGGCCUGACUUGCACCGCUAUGCCAGGCUCGUCGCGCUCUAUAAUAAGCGAGUCUUGACCUUCGAUCAUGAUGUCCACGAUGCCUUCGCCGGAGUCCUAUCAGCAUUUGGUCAAUCGUUCCACGGCGGUUUCAUCUGCGGCCUGCCUCGCAUCUUCUUCGAUGCCGCACUGCUGUGGCAGCCUUACGAGCCCUUGGUCCGUCGCGCCAGCCAUUUGACAUCGGCCCUGCCGAGUUGGUCGUGGAUGGGGUGGCAGGGAAAUCUCCAAUCUGAGAGCUGGCGCAGUGGCUACCGCUAUCUGCGCGGGUUGGGGAGCUUUUGGCGGCCUGAUCCCUGGCAGACUCGGCGGACCGUCGUGUGGUCGUACUCGUUAGCCGUAAAUGGGGAACGAGUUCCGGUGGGAGGCGACGCCGCUGAGUUUUCGGAUGAUCGAACAUCAGAAGGCUGGUGCGAGAAGUUUUGCGAAAGAGCCCAGAAGCCAUACUUCUUGCACUCGCAGACGGGAGCGCAGAAAUUCUGGUUUCCCGUACCUCUCGCGUCGAUGGCCAACACUCCCGAUGGUCCCCCCUCGAGACAGCCCGCUUACUUGCAUGGUCUCACACGAUGGGGAUUCCUUCAAAUCAGCAAACUGUUCUAUGAGCGCCGCGCCUCGCAGUGCUUAUGCGCGACCUUGUGUGAUUUAGAUGGCCGCUGGGCUGGCGUGCUGAGACUUAACGUUCCUUCCAAAGAUUCCGCCGCGCACGACGGAUCAUCAGUCGGCGAGAUGUGCGAGUUGAUAGAAAUUUCGGCGGGGUCCGUGGAGAGCCAGCCAGGAGCAGACACUGGCUUUGAUGGGUGGGAGGAAGCUGAGUGCGCACGACAUGGGGGGACGUAUGAGUUUGUCAACGUCCUGUGGAUUGAGUGGAGAGAUGAUGUAGCAUACCGCAAGGCAUUGGGCCGAGUCUGGGAGACUGCGUGGGCAAGGGUCGUCGCAGAAGAUGUGCAGAUCACGCUGGGUUAAAAACACCUUCUACUGUCUACUUACUGUACUUGGUGGAUAGGUAAGGUAGGGGUUACGAUAAGGACCACAGGGUGCAGGUAGAGAAGCCCUCAGGGAGUCGAGAAUGUCCCCCGGGUAACGCCAAGGCUGGUCUGGACUCCUAGUUCCCUCUUUAAUAUCACUGGGUGAUGAUUAAUAUCAGUUCCUGUGUGGAGUAGUACAUAGUUCUUGAUUUAGAGGAGGGGGGUUUACUUACAACUUAGGUAAGGUGUGUAUUCGCCAAGGACGCUCCGCUCCAACAGGACUACGGCCUUCCCGGGCCGCCCUGCUUAAUGAAUACAUAUUGACUAAUCACGGUUGAUAACGCCGGCUACUUAAGGCAA